AAUGUCUCCACACUGCCUAUUAAAGUGCUUGACUUCUAGGGUUUUUUUACACCCCAAAUAGUGCACUAUUUUUUAAUACAGUGAUAUAUGGGAUUGAACCACAGAGCUUUCAUGUUGACCAGAAAGUGAAGAACUAGAUGAAAUAUAAUCAGGAUGGGCAGAGGCUACAUUGUUGAGGGAUGUGUGGAGAAGUACCUGACUAAUCUGUCAGCAGCUGCUGGGUCAUGUGAGACUGGACUUUUCAUAGGCCAGUGUUCAGCACAGAGGGACUUUGUGGUUCUGGCUGUGCAGACACCUCACAGAGAGAGUGAAGGAGCCACAGAGAGACAGAGAACACCAAGCUCACUGGACAGCAUUGAUGUGGACUGGGUUGCUGAGCAUGCCAGACAGGUUUCACGGAUGCUCCCCGGAGGCGUGAGCGUUCUCGGCUUGUUUCUUGUCGCCCCACCUGAGGCGUCAAAAGAAGCCCAGAACACACUGAAAAAGCUUGUCUUUGCUGUGGAUAAAUCCAUAUCCAAAAGCAAGCUGUGGAAUCCAUCAGAGGAUGAUGUGACUGAGCGCAUCACCCUGCACAUCUGUUCCAAAACAAGGAAAGCUGUCUGCAAAACAUUUGAUGUCAAAGAUCCAAAGUGUUCAGCGAAACCUGCAGAUUGGAAGUAUCAGAGUGGCAUCGCUUCCUCGUGGCCUAUGAUCACAUGCAACGUGCAGGUCGACUUGCAGAUCCCCAUCACGUCCGAAAAAAUCGACAAGUCCAUAAAGGAUGGACUGAGGACGUGGGCUAAACAGAUCGACUCUGCUCUCUGUCUCAUUAAUGGUAAAACUGUAACUGAUGACGGUGAGCUCCUAUCAGGGCCGAAAAAGAGCACCAAAGCGAGCCAGCAGCAGACGGUUCGAGCGCAGCUCCUCAUCUCAGCAGAGGAUGCAGAUGCAGGCCAGAUGUCCAGCGCUGUGGGGCAGGAGUGCAGCGGCUCAGUGCAUGUGAGUGGAGCGGUUCACUGCAGAGCAUACAUUCACACCAACAAACCUAAAACCAGACACGCCGCACAGGCACUCAAGAGCGACGUAGUGAAUACGGUUUUCAGCCGCAUUGAGAUGCUUCUGGAGGAUCUGCACAUGAAUAAUGGGGAUCUGGCCUCUGGGCAGCAGGAUCUACCACGGCGUGUGUUUGCCCCCUUAUCCAGCUCUGGCCUGAGUGUGUGUGACUACAUUUUCCCAGAUGAGAACACUGCGGAUGUGGCUGAACGCUUUAAAGAAAUGCUGGGUUGUGAUUUACCAGAGGGGGACGUAGACAUCAGCAUGGAGGCUCAGACACGUUGCUCUGUUUUGGGAGUGGAAGAUGGGUGUGAGGAAACCACCAGCAGUGAAGUGGUGCCAAAAAAGAAAACGGCAUUACAGUAUACAGGAAUGGUGGUGGUGGCGGCUGCAGUGGCCCUCUUGGCAACAGCGACCUCUCUACUCUAUCUUAAUGAAUAACAGCACAAUGACAGCUGUUUAUAACUUUGCCAAAAUAAACUACAGUAAAUGAC